GGAAACGAUGUCCUUUCUUCCCUCCGUUCUACAAUUCAGAGAGAGACUCUCCACCGGCCUUCCCUUUUCUCUCUCAUUUCGAUCCGUUCAACUCGGAUCCGGACUCGUUCGCUCAGCCCGAGUCACCACCUCAUGGCGCGGGCGUCAACUCACCUCAUCUCCACCCUCUCCCUGAUCCUCCACCUCUUUCACCUCCUUCGUGGCGGCGACGCCGCGAUCCUUCAAAACCGCCACCAUGGCUCUCUUCCUGCAAUGGUCCUUCCAUUAUACCUCUCCGCUUCCAAUUCGUCAACAUCAGAGCUCGAUCCCCGUCGCCAGCUCCAUGGAUCCGAGUCCAAACGCCACCCUAAUGCUCGCAUGAGACUCCACGAUGAUCUCCUCCUCAACGGGUACUACACAACGCGGCUUUGGAUCGGUACUCCGCCGCAGAUGUUUGCUCUCAUUGUUGAUACGGGGAGUACUGUUACGUAUGUUCCGUGCUCGUCGUGCGAACAGUGUGGCAGGCACCAGGAUCCAAAGUUCCAGCCAGACUUGUCAAGCACCUAUCAACCUGUCAAAUGCACAUUGGAUUGCAAUUGUGAUGAUGACAGGAUGCAAUGUGUGUAUGAGAGACAGUAUGCUGAAAUGAGUACUAGCAGUGGUGUCCUUGGUGAGGAUGUCAUAUCCUUUGGAAAUCAGAGUGAGCUUGCCCCACAGCGUGCUGUUUUUGGCUGUGAAAAUGUUGAGACUGGUGAUCUUUAUAGUCAGCAUGCUGAUGGCAUCAUGGGUUUGGGCCGUGGAGAUCUUAGUAUCAUGGAUCAACUGGUUGACAAAAAUGUAGUUAGUGAUUCAUUCUCACUAUGCUAUGGUGGAAUGGAUGUUGGUGGGGGUGCAAUGGUUCUUGGUGGCAUAUCUCCCCCGACAGACAUGGUCUUUGCAUAUUCAGAUCCUGUGCGCAGUCCCUAUUACAAUAUUGAUUUGAAGGAGAUACAUGUUGCGGGGAAGCGACUGCCUCUAAACUCAAAUGUCUUUGAUGGAAAACAUGGAACUGUCUUGGACAGUGGUACAACUUAUGCAUACCUACCAGAAGCCGCAUUUACUGCAUUUAAGGAUGCUAUUGUCAAGGAACUUCAAUCUUUGAAUCAAAUCAGUGGUCCAGAUCCAAAUUAUCAUGAUAUAUGUUUUUCUGGUGCUGGAACUGAUGUCUCUCAAAUCUCUAAAAGCUUUCCAGUGGUUGACAUGGUAUUUGGAAAUGGUCAGAAGUACUCGCUGUCACCUGAAAAUUACAUGUUCCGGCAUUCAAAAGUGAGAGGUGCAUAUUGUCUGGGAGUUUUUCAAAAUGGAAAGGAUCCUACUACUCUUUUAGGAGGCAUUGUUGUCCGAAACACUCUUGUAACCUAUGAUCGUGAGCAAACAAAAAUUGGUUUCUGGAAAACUAACUGUGCUGAGUUAUGGGAAAGACUACAGACAUCUGUUGCCCCACCACAAAUGGCUCCAAAUACAGAAGUAAGAAAUUCAACCAAAGCAUUGGCGCCUUCAGUUGCUCCACCUGUAUCGCAGCAUCAUGUACCCGCAGGUGAACUCAAAAUUGCACAAAUAACAAUUGCAAUAUCAUUUAACAUCAGUUAUGUGGAUAUGAAGCCUCACAUCACAGAAUUGGCUGGAUUGAUGGCACAUGAGUUAGAUGUUAAUACUUCCCAGGUUCACUUACUGAAUUUUACCUCUUUUGGAAAUGGUUCCCUCUCUAGAUGGGCCAUAACCCCAAGGCCGAAUGCUGAUUACAUUUCUGAUGCAACUGCAACGAGAAUAAUUGCUCAGCUUUCUGAGCAUCACAUUCAACUUCCUGGCACCUUUGGAGGUUAUAAGUUGAUUGAUUGGAAUGUUGAGCCUCCACCAAAAUGGAAUUGGUGGCAGCAAUAUCACAUGGUUGUGGGUUUAGUUUCUAUACUCGCGUUGCUUAUAGGAUUGUCAAUAUUAGGAAUAUUCUUAAUUUGGAAAAAGAGACAGCAGAACGCCCAUCCAUACAAGCCGGUUGAUGAAGCUGUUCCUGAGCAAGAACUUCAGCCAUUAUGAGCUAACAAGUUUGUGCUACUACUGCUUAACAUCAUACUUGAUUAGUUUCAGUAGCAUAUUCAACUUACCACCAUCAAGAGCAAUUUAUACAAACCAUAGUCACUGAACUGGUCAAGUUUUGUUUUGAAAGAAAUCAAGCUGUCCUCGAUAUCGAGUGAUCAUUUAACCCUGACAGAGUACAUAGACAAUUCUCUAUAUAUUCCAUCAUCUGUAAACGGAAUUUUGUUUGUGAAUAUUGUAAUAUACAGGUGAAUCAAAGGGUGCAGCAAGAUUGAAAUACAA